GGAAGCGGAAGUGCUCUGCUAGCGGCAGGAAGUCGGUGUGGCCGGGGCCGGGCGGAACCGGAAGCGGAAGUGUCUGGCGAUGGCGGCGGCCGCGGGCCUGGGGGCGCUGCCCGACUCCCUCCUGCUGGAGAUUCUGCGGCUGCUGCCGCUGCACGAGCGGCUGCGCGGGGCCAGGGUCUGCAGACGCUGGCACAGGCUGGUACAGGACAAGAUGCUCUGGAGAUUUGUGGAUUUGAGGCCCUACAAGCUCAGCUCCAGAAUCCUGUGGCACCUGCUAAGGCAGUACCUGCGCAAUAGCCUGAGGGUACUGAAAGUGAGAGGAGCUCUCUACUCCAUGAGAAAGCAUGAGUUCCUUUCCCCAGCGCUGCUGCAGGCACUCGGAAAGCAGUGUCCCAGCCUCUAUCAUCUGUGUCUGACCCAGGCCGACCUCCGUCGGCUCCCAUAUGAUUGUAUACCGUCUUCUCUAAAGAGCAUGAAGUUGAGCCAGUGUGAGAUCCCAGCUGUGUGGUUCCAAAAAUCUGCAUCUCCAGAGACUCCCAGAGUCCUGCCACAACUGCAGCAUCUCAUGAUCCAUAACGUCUCUGCCUUUUCUGAUCAGCAUCUGCUUAACGUAUCCUCUCAGACCAGCCUAAGGACACUGACCCUCUCUGGAACCUACCGGCUGACGGACGCUGGAAUUCAGAGAGCAGCCCCAUAUCUGGAGGACCUGGAAUGCCUGGUCCUGCGCAAAUGUGUCAUUACAGACGCUGCUGUUCACUUCAUCGGGCGUCACAUGAAACAGCUCCGCUCUUUGGAAUUCAGCAAUACUUGUUCCCUAACAGAUGCAGGCCUGGCUUGUUUAGCAGCCUGGAAGUGCUUGGAAACCCUCCACCUCGAGUCCAGGUUUAAGCUUUCCCCCGAUGCCAUUGUUGCUGUGUGCCAGGCACUCCCCCAGUUAAGCAAUCUCAAUUUAGAUGGGAUUGACUUUGAAGACCAGACAAUACAUAAAAUUCAGGCAAGUUUGCCCAACUGCCGUUUCUAAUGUGCUCCCUGACACACAUUCUGAGGCGAAAUGUUAACAGUGGGGAGUUGUAUGGAAUACAUGAGGGUGAGCUGUGGGGUGUUCACCCCCCUGAAAUAACUCCCAGAAUUGCUUCUUCUGGGCAGGGUCCCCUCUCAGUCUUCUCUUUUCCAAACUAAACAAACCCAAUUCUUUCAGCCUUCCUUCAUAGGUCAUGUUCUCAAGACCUUUAAUCAUUCUUGUUGCUCUUCUCUGGACCCUUUCCAAUUUCUCCACAUCUUUUUUAAAAUGCGGUGCCCAGAACUGGACACAAUACUCCAGCUGAGGCCUAACCAGAGCAGAGUAGAGCGGAAGAAUGACUUCUCAUGUCUUGCUCACAACACACCUUGUUAAUACAUCCCAGAAUCAUGUUUGCUUUUUUUGCAACAGCAUCACACUGUUGACUCAUAUUUAGCUUGUGGUCCACUAUAACCCCUAGAUCCCUUUCUGCCGUACUCCUUCCUAGACAGUCUCUUCCCAUUCUGUAUGUGUGAAACUGAUUGUUCCUUCCUAAGUGGAGCACUUUGCAUUUGUCUUUGUUAAACUUCAUCCUGUUUAACUCAGACAAUUUCUCCAAUUUGUCCAGAUCAUUUUGAAUUAUGACCCUGUCCUCCAAAGCAGUUGCAAUCCCUCCCAGUUUGGUAUCAUCCGCAAACGUAAUAAGCGUACUUUCUAUGCCAAUAUCUAAGUCGUUGAUGAAGAUAUUGAACAGCGCCGGUCCCAAAACAGACCCCUGCGGUACCCCACUCGUUAUGGCUUUCCAGCAGGAUUGGAAACUAUUAAUAACAACUCUCUGAGUACGGUUAUCCAGCCAGUUAUGCACCCACCUUAUAGUAGCCCCAUCUAAAUUGUAUUUGCCUAGUUUAUCGAUAAGAAUAUCAUGCGAGACCGUAUCAAAUGCCUUACUAAAGUCUAGGUAUACCACAUCCACAGCUUCACCCUUAUCCACAAGGCUCGUUAUCCUAUCAAAGAAAGCUAUCAGAUUGGUUUGACAUGAUUUGUUCUUCACAAAUCCAUGCUGGCUGUUCCCUAUCACCUUACCACCUUCCAAGUGUUUGCAGAUGAUUUCCUUAAUUACUUGCUCCAUUAUCUUCCCUGGCACAGAAGUUAAACUAACUGGUCUGUAGUUUCCUGGGUUGUUUUUAUUUCCCUUUUUAUAGAUGGGCACUGUAUUUGCCCUUUUCCAGUCUCCUGGAAUCUCUCCCGUCUCCCAUGAUUUUCCAAAGAUAAUAGCUAGAGGCUCAGAUACCUCCUCUAUUAGCUCCUUGAGUAUUCUAGGAUGCAUUUCAUCAGGCCCUGGUGACUUGCAGGCAUCUAACUUUUGUAAGUGAUUUUUAACUUGUUCUUUUUUUAUUUUAUCUGCUAAACCUACCCCCUUCCCAUUAGCAUUCACUAUGUUAGGCAUUCCUUCAGACUUCUCGGUGAAGACCGAAACAAAGAAGUCAUUAAGCAUCUCUGCCAUUUCCAAGUUUCCUGUUACUGUUUCUCCCUCUUCACUAAGCAGUGGGCUUACCCUGUCUUUGGUCUUCCUCUUGCUUCUAAUGUAUUGAUAAAAAGUCUUCUUGUUUCCCUUUAUUCCCGUAGCUAGUUUGAGCUCAUUUUGUGCCUUUGCCUUUCUAAUCUUGCCCCUGCAUUCCUGUGGUGUUUGCCUGUAUUCAUCCUUUGUAAUGGUGUCUGUGUUUGUGAAAUGGACAUUCAUCCUGUCUGGAGGCAGAAUUUUCUCUGGCUAAAACAAUGAGGUGAGCAGUGUAGGACAAGGACCAUCCUGACAGCUUGUAUCACCUGAAAACAGGCCAGCAGAAAUUCAGUUCUGCAGUCUGCUUGGCUGGGCUCCUGAAGUGACUUCUCACCUUCUCCUACUAAGAAAAUAGCAAGGCCCGAUUAAUAGGUGGCAUAUGAGGACCAGUGACCCUAUGAGCUUAUUUAAAUUAGAGGCAGUUUGGCAGCAGGGGGUUUCUCUUUUAAGUUUAACCCUUCUCACAUUAAACUUCAGGCAACAGGUGAAUUAUCCCCAAGCACAAGGGAGUAAUUCAGCUGUUGUCCUGACACACAGAAGGGUUUGGCUACCCAAACCUUGGACUGUAGAUAAAAUUUAACUCAGGUCAAAAGGCAUUAGCCAUAUUGUUGUGCUAUGAGCAUACUCCAAAACAUGCCUAGUAGGAAGUGGACAAAGGAUUGUGCAAACACCCAUUUUAAUUGCCCGGAACAGAACCUUUAAGGGGAAAGAACCCAUCAUUUCCAUUUCACAAACACAGACACCACACAGGUCGGUGAUGUGCGGCUGUGAUUGUGUCCUGUCCCGCAGGGUGGAGUGGUGGGGGUUCUGCUGCGACCCCAAGGAUAUGUGGAAUGUGGGGGAGGGGGAAGUAUAAGGAAGUCCCGGAAUGCAUUUGUCUGUGUGCUGCAGGGGGAGGCAAGCACACACCUGUUCAGCCUGAAGUUCAGUCAGAGAUCACAGCAUGUCUGUUUGGUCCUUGAGCAGCACCAUCAUCUCUGCCUGUCCGUUUCUCCUGUCCUUGCUAUCGCUCUGCAUUCUGUCCCUGAGCGUCACCCUCCAAGCCUGGAAUCUGACACAGCAGAACCUUACAGGACCUCCUGCAACAUGUCUUCCCAUGUCCUCUUCUUUCUCCUGCUUAUCUGGCCCAGCUGCUCUUUCAGGGUGGAUGGAGAGACUGUCAAGGCCGCGCUUGCAGCUGCAAAAGAAAACAGUGGACAGAGGUACUAUUGUGAAUGCAUUCACGGCCCCACAAGUUACAAGCACAACAUUCUCCCUUCUCCUUGGGAUCCAUAGAGCUGGGGAACAGUCCUAGGCAUGAUGAGUACGUCCUGGGGGGCGGAGCGAGUUGGGUCAAUAACUUGGGGUAGCUCCCAGGCAUCAGUAUAAGCAGACGGGGCAGUUGAGCUGAAUACUGUCACCGUUUCCCACAGGCAAUGGAGACUUUAGCGUAUAUCUUGCUCCUGAGGGUAACGGAGGCAGAAAGGAAACUGCUCCUGCACGCGUCCGGCUGCUGUUAGUCCGUGUGCUGCAGUGAUGCCUGCCGAAUUGCUGAGUGUUGUGGGAAGGUGUCCUAGUAAGGCAGCCCUCCCCAGAAACCUUCGGCAGAGGAUUGCACCCUACCUCCAGGAAAGUUUCCUUGAGAUCUCUGUGGAAGAUGCACGGAACAUCCCGGGGCGCACAAACUGUUCCACUGGGCCCCCUCUGUCUAACGGUACAGGGGAAUGAGAAGCAGACAGCAACUCUACCUCUAUUGGUUAUUUCACUAUCUCUUCUAACCUGAUUAAAAACAUGAACAGAUGUCUGCCUGCAAUACUGAAGCAAAUGUCCUACUUACCAGAGGUUCUUUUCCCUGAAUCAGACUUGCCGGUGCUGGAUGAUAGGGGCUGGCUCAACUGCUCUGGUGUCAGGAAGACACCACUGGAACCCCCGGUCGACUGUCCCCCACACUCCUGCUCCUGUUCCUCGUCCAACACCUUGUACUCAGGGUUCACGCCAGUGGUGCAUGACUCUGACUCCUCCAAAGUAUCCACAGGGCCCUCCGGGUGGUGGUGGGGUCACCGCCAAGGAUGCCAAGGAUGCCAUGCAGCUCCUUGUAGAAACAGCAUAUCUGCGGCUCUGCACCAGAGCAACUGUUUGCCUCCCUUGCCUUCUGGUGUGCCUGCCGCGGCUCCUUGAUUUUCAUGAGGCACUGUUGCAUUUCCCUCUUGUAGCCCUUCUCCACCUUGUCCCAAGCCAUCUGUCUGUAGAUAUCUACAUUUCUAUGGCUGGAUUGGAGCUGUGCCGGCACAGAUUCUCCCCAGAGACCCAGGAGAUCCACCACCUCCUGUGUAUUCAAGGCAGGAGUGUGUUUGCUGCGUGGAACCAGCAUGGUCAAUUGGGCAGAUGCUAGGUGGGUUCUCCAUGCUGAGCAAACAGGAAAUGAAUUUAAAAGGUAUGUGGCGAGUACCUGGCCACCGGACAGUGGAGUUCAAAACAGUGACUAGAGCGGUAGUGGUGUGGCAUUGUGGGACACCUCCUGGAGGCCAUUAAAAUUGAUGUAAUUAACACAGUGUCUACACUGACACUUCAUCGUCAUAACUAUGUUGACUUAAGUGCUACGCCUCUUGUGGAGGUGGAAUUAUUAAGUUCACGUAGCGGGUGAUUUACUUUGUCAGGAGCAUCAUUAUAGGGUAGAUGCUGACUGAAUAAGAUUGACGUAAGCCACCUUGCGUUGACCUAACUGUAGCAUAGACCAGACCCAAAUGUAUGCAAAUAACUAGAGCAUAGAUCUCAGGUGGUAUAUUUGAGUAAUAUUAGUAGACUGCCAGUAGCCAGAUCCUGCACCUGGUUUGUUGGGUUACAUUGCUGUCCAUGGCUGCUUGUGCCUUCUAUUGUUUAAAUACUCCCUCAUCUUUACCUGCUGUUACAAAGCCCUGAGUUCGUGUUAGCAAGUUUUGGCUGACAUUAAAAUGGUAGCUGUUAUGAAGUUUCCAUUCUAGGACACACUGAGGUUUUGAAUCUGCUGAGUUGUUAUCUGUAAUCAAAUGUCAAAUUUAUUUAUAAAAUAAAAAUGCUUUUAGAUCUGUAAA